AUGGCUACCCGAAUCGAGAUCAUUCCUUCUGUAGACAACAAUUUGUCUCAUCACAUCAUAAACAACAGCAAUUGUGACAACGAUGCGGUACAUAUUUUUAACGGAAACGAACCGCAACCACCUGUGUACACAAACCCAGUGAUAUUCGACAUGAAUGCCGAUCGUGUGCGACCCUACACGGAAAAUGAGUGGAGUAAUUUCAAAAACACCCCAAACAGACAGGCCCAGGAAAACUACGAUCGCAUCCAGCGCAGCUUGGAGAGUAUCAACGAUUCCCAGUCUAGUGGUGAUACGUACCAAAAAGUUGUGGAAAAUGCACUGAACAUUGCCUUCUUGGCUGCGAACACCAAUCAGCUACGGUUGCUGACCGAAAAUCAACAGGAAGCAACGACCUAUGUGGCGUGCGUCGGAAUGGUUAUCAUGUCGCUGGUGAUGCAGAUCCUUGUUAGUGUUUCAAUGUUAACGAUAUCGAUCAACAAUGAACAACGUUGGAGAAAGCUCAAAACUAUUGCAUCCAUUGGUGUAGCUGUUAUUGCUGUGGUUAACAUUAUUGUGCUUACGUUGUUGAAUACAGUGAUAUUUAAAUAA